CCUCCAUCAACACACGCCAGGGAAGCAAACGUCAAGAAAGCAGCGUCAGUCAGGUCACAUAGUAACUUUCAUUGUUGUUGUUCACGAGCCAUGCCAGAGACGUUGUAAGUGCAAUGACUCCUCCUCGGAGCUCGUUUCCGCCGCCCAAUAGAUCACUCUUGUUCGCAUGCUGAACGAAUUCACACAAAAGUGCAUUCCGCCGAAGUGAGACCGUAGCUCAGCAGGAAUAUGAGCAGCAGCUUCACGAUCAGGCCAAUUUCAGCGUCGCGUCCAGCGAAGAUCUCGACAAGGAUUUGGAUAAGAUGACCGUUCACGACGGGGAUAGCAGCGCAAAGGCCGAGAGCAGCAAUGCAAGCAUUGUCGAUGAAAAGAAGAAACAUGGCAUCAAAGGCGCCUUCCGGGGCUUCUACAAAAAUGUCAUCAAACCUGCAUUUCCAGAGGCCAUUCAAGAUAUCAAGAUCAUGCACGGCAUGACUGCUCUAGAGGCUCGAGUAAAGAAGGAAAUCGUCGACUCGAAUCUCUUCCCCGAGGUGAACCACGUAGCAGAGGUCCGCCGAGGUUUGGAAUUGUGCCCAGAAGAGCAGGCAUUCCUCGCGAAGCGCAAAGCUCACGUCCGCGAUCACUUUGCCAAAUAUCUUGGCCUUGAUCCCUCCGAAGUCGACCCGCGAGAUGUCCCGGUUGUCUCAUUCGGUGGCAGUGGUGGUGGUUUUCGUGCUAUGCUCGGCUGUUCCGGCUACUCCCAGAGAAUGAAGGAUACUGGCCUGUGGGACUGUUUGAGCUACGUCUCAGGCGUAUCAGGUUCGUGCUGGUCGCUCGCUGCAUACUAUACCAUUGGUAAAGGCAGCCAUCAGAAAGUGAUCGAUCACUGCAAGACGCGCCUUGCGCCUUACCAUCCUUUGUCGGGCGAUGCGAUCCGCACUAUCUUGAGCUCGCCAGGAGGUGCUCGCAUCACUUUGGGUCCCCUGAUCCAGAAGAGUAAAAGUGGCCUGCAGACCGUAGCCAUGGAUUUAUACGCCGUGUUCACUACGGGUUGGAUCUUUUUCCAAGAGGAUCCGGUCAACGCUCCAGGUGGUCAUGCCGAGAAGGAAGUGGCCGGCGCACAGCGCUCGUGGUACAAGUACUCUUCCGCUCGUGAAUACACCGACAAUGGUGGCGAUCCGUUGCCCAUCAUGACUGCAAUCCGACAUGAACGACCCUGGAGGGACUGGGUUGACAAGGAACAUCCCUUCAAGGAGCCGGAUCACUCGACCGGAGAACAUGCCGAGGCGCCUGACGCGUGGUUUCAGUGGUUCGAGAUGAGCCCGUACGAAGUCGGCUGUGAUGAAAUCGAGGCCUGGUGUCCUACUUGGGGUUUCGGACGCCCAUUCGAAGAAGGCAAAUCGACGAUGCAGCUGCCAGAGCAGUCUCUUGCUCUACUGCUGGGCCUUGCCACGAGUGCGCCAGCGGGCCCGCUCACGUCAUACCUCUCCACCGUUAGUCGCAACUUACCCACGGGCUUCUUGGGAAACUCAGUGCACAAGAUGGCACAGACUGUGGCGAGAUUCUGGGGCAAACAAGGCACAGAAGAGUUUUCCAACCAUCACCCUCUGCAUGCAUGUAACGAGCACAACUUCAUGUUUCACUACACGCCGUUAAACAAGGAGAAGGGACGGCCUCCUGGCCUGGAGAAUUCGCCCAGAAUUCAUUUGAUUGACAGUGGAAUGGACAACAAUUGUCCGACGUACGUCUUGUUGCAUCCUGCACGUGAAGCGGAUGUCAUCAUCAACAUGGACGCUUCCAGCGACGUGCAAAAGGAUACAUUCCAAGAGCGAGUAGAUCAGAUCGGCGGCCGACGAGGCAUGAAGUUCACCAAGAGGCACGACGUCAAAGCCGGUGAAGAUCCUAGUGAUCCAGGUCGCUUUGAUGGUCUGUACGCCCAGAUCUAUGACGGAGUGCCGUGCGAGCGACCAGCGACGGUGGUCGAUUCAUACGGCCGAACAGUCACAAAUCCCCCUGCUCCGGUGUACAGCCGCGAAUGUACGAUGAUCUACAUGCCGCUCCUACCCAACGAGCGCGUAGUCCCGGACUUCGACCCGUCGACCGCCAAAUUCUCCGGCUCGUACAAUCUAGUCUGGACUGCUGAGCAAGUCGAGACACUGAUCAAGGUCUGCAAUGCGAACUUCAACGACGGUGAAAGCACAAUUCGGGAAGCUCUCCACGAGGCCUGGUUGCGUAAAAAGGCCUUGCGAGAGGGGACCUACAAAGGACCUGCGCAUACCGUGCCAGCGUCUGCGACAGCCCAACGCCCCGUGGAUGUUUCGACUGAGCAGCAAUCCACUGACUCGUCUCUCCCGGUGCAGCCAUCUGUUGUGCCAGGGACGCAACAGCCUGUCCAGCUCACAGCAGAGCAACUUUCCGCCAACCAGCAAAGCGCAGGCGGCAUCUCGGCUCCAGCAGCCGUCAACGGACAGGCAGCACGGCCUCAAGGAGUUGUGGGAUCCGCAGAUCAAAUGUCAUCACACCCCGCACACCCGACGACGUCUUGAUUAAGACGUGAUCUAAUGACGAAAUGAUUUGGAAAGCAGGCUCUCGUAAGGACUAGAUAUAUGUGGAACGAAUUGAUGACCAUUAUUUCUUCGCGUGCAAAUUUCCCCUCUCA